AUGUCUCCUAUCGAGUCAUCAUCCUUGAAUUCAGGAAAAAAUGAUUCCACGCCUAUGAUCAAUAGUGGCAGCCUAGAGGGGUAUAUCGGAUAUAUCAGUGUACUGGCGUCAAGCUCUGAAUCUCAAUUUGCAUCCGUCAUGCUUAGCGAGAUCACUCAACAGCGUGAAAAAGAAAUUCAGUCUCAAGACGAAGAGUUGAAGAAACUUCAAAAGGAGAUUCUUGAUAUUAAGGACAGAAAAGGAAUUACUAUCGAAGAUAUGUAUGCUGUCAACGAGAACGGAAAGGCAAAACAGAGAGCCUCCGCUACGCAUAUCGAAGACCUUCGUGCUAUCCUCGGACAUUGA